AUGCCAGCCACGCGGUGGGGCUUCGUGGUCUUGACGGAGACGGACCCGGAACUCAGCGAUUCGAGGCGAGGAUACGAAGAGAGCUUGAGAUCGGCGAUUCGGCAGGCGGCGAGGAGGUUGGCUGGCUUUGUUCUCCAGCGAACGAAAACGGAGGUGCCAAGGAGGCUCAUCCACGGCGGUCCGCCGGCAGCAGCCCCCUCUUCCCUCCGGCAUACUUCCUCUGGUGUUGAGGAAAUAGCAGUGCAUCAAGAUGGGAAGGCUUCUGCUUUGAGGGAAAUCAAGAAGAAGAGAGAAGAGUUGUUUGAUCUGAUUGCUGACACAGAAAGGCGAUACGACACCCGGCUUACCAAGGAAGGCUGUCAAAACACACGCAUGCUCCAGCAGCUUGCGGUGCAAAUCGAGCCUAGACCCAAUGACCCCUUGUGGCGGUCGAAGCGGUUUUCGAAGAGACUCAAUGAUUUUCUGGGGUUAGCCGGGGCUGUUAUGUCAUCCUAUAUGCUUACGCGUAAGUGGCUUCACUUGGACCAAGAGGCAGAUUCAAAAGAGCAGAAGAUCUAACUAGCAACAAUGGCUUCAGUUGGAGAAUGAGGCAGAAGAUCUAACUAGCUAUCUGGAAGUCGAAGUGUAAUUUCACUAGUAUAGAAAUGCUCGAGGAUGAAGUUAUUAGUGCUCUUUUUUGGGCAUUCUUCAGCUUUUGUACCAGCAACUGUGAAAAUUAGUUAUGCAUUUUUA